CUAGUCUGGAUUAUGUCCAGAUGGGAGGGAGUUGAAUUGCAGAGGAUUUCUUGGAGGGCUUGCGAAGGGUUAGAGGGGCAGAGGCAGAUUUGGAGAAGUGAUAGGUGGUCGAGUGGGUGUUGGAGCAAAAUCCACGGGCUUUGCUGGUCUUUGCAAUGGACCGAGGCGAGGAAGAGGAGGCGAGGCUCGAGGUUCUCAUGCCUCAGACGCCAUUUUUCAAUGUUUCUAAUUGAGCUAGGGUGAUUUUUUUCCCCCCCUUAAUCGAUUUGUUUUACAUUGUGACCAUGACGACCAAGAGCCCCCACGGACAUUUGGACCCGAGCGUGGUGCGCUCCAUGCCGCCGUCCACUACGCACGACGCAGCGGCUAAAGCCAAGCGUGGCAACUCGGGAUUGAGGCGCCCGGAGAAGCCCCCCUACUCGUACAUCGCCCUCAUCGUCAUGGCCAUCCAGAGCUCACCCAGCAAGCGCCUCACUCUGAGCGAAAUCUACCAGUUUCUGCAGGCGCGGUUCACCUUCUUCCGAGGCUCCUACCAGGGAUGGAAGAAUUCGGUCCGACACAACCUGUCGCUCAACGAGUGUUUCAUCAAGCUGCCCAAGGGCCUCGGCAGGCCCGGCAAGGGCCACUACUGGACCAUCGACCCCGGUAGCGAGUUCAUGUUCGAGGAGGGAUCCUUCCGACGCAGACCUCGCGGCUUCCGUCGAAAAUGCCAAACGUUGAAACCCAUGUACAGGAUGAUGAACGGCAUCGGGUUCGACUUCCAAACCGCCGCGGGGCCGUUAGUGUGUCACAACGGCUACAAUUUAGACUUCAAUUCGAUGUCUCACGGUGGGUUUGAUGGGGUGGCAGGGGGGCAUCACGUGUCCCCCGGCUCCGGCUCGCCGUACAUGGCCGCGACCCCCAACGCGGACUACAUCUGCACGGACAGCGGCGGCAGCUCGCUGCAGUCCUCGCCGGCCGUGGUGGGUUCCAUGGACUGUCAAACCCCUUACGGCAACGCGGCCCCCCACUGGAGUUCGUCUGCGGUCCCCCCUUAUCUUAAACAACAGACCGUGGCCUCCAGUAACGGUACCGGCGGUCUGCACACGCACGGGAUGGCGUCCUAUUCUCUGGAUCAAAGUUAUCUGCAUCAUAACGCACGAGAUUCGGCCGACAUUCCAGCUGGACUGUCUCGGUACUCCAGCCACUCCGGUGCAGUGUGCGAGAGAAAGGAUUUGGUUCUCAGCCUCAACGGGAUGUCCCCUCUGCAUUCGGGCACCGGGGCGUCUUAUUAUCAUCAUCAUCAUCCACAUCAUCAUCACCACCAUCAUCCUCCUCAUCAGCUGCACCAUCACCAGAGCGCCUAUCAGGACGUCAAGCCUUGUAUCAUGUAAAGAGGGACAUUUGGAGCCGAACGCCCAUCCCCCCCCCCCCCCCCCCGCCCCAAACCGAAGUAAAUAAGAUCCCUCGAAGGUGUUUUUGCAAUCCAACAUCAACGUUUUCUAAGUGGCCGUAUGACAUUUUCUUGGCAAUGUGAUGGCAGCACACCUGAUGGUGCACGUGCAGAAAGAAAAACAAAAGUAGAGCAUUGUCAUUCCUGUCGUAAACGUCAGUGGUUCACUUCAAAACGUGAAACUCGUUUAAAGGAGAAACUCCGAGCGUGAAAAAAAAAUCAUAAUUUCAAAUUUGAAUAAUUUCGUUCAUGAAAACCACAAAUACACCAUCUCAGGAAAUUACAACUGAAAAUGAUUUUUAAUUCGUACGCAAUUAUGAAAAGUAUCAUCCCCUCUUUUGACUGAUGGAUCUGUCAAACGAACGAAGUUUAUGUUGUUGAAUUGAACUGGUGAAACAAUCAACUUUGAUACCAUCUCCAAUUAUUGAGACGCACUUGUACAUUUGUUACUCCUUGCACUUAAUAUUGCUGAAAAUAAUCAUUAAAGGAAUGUUUUA